AUGCCAACUGAAAAGAAAAACCUUGUGAAUAACGUGAUUUAUCAGUGCCAUGGGAAAUUAAAGCUGUACAUAAAAAUAAAGCAAAGAAUUACCAACCAUGGCGCUGUAGGCAGGGAAGUGGAUGAACUGGAAGAAGGUUAUAAAAAGUGUGUAAAUUCGAACUCGGCACGGUUUCGCCAAGUGGAGUGCUGCUACGAUGGUGGUGCUAAUGACGACGCGAAGUUGGCCAGCUGUGCCGACUGUUCCAGCGAGGAUAAAAUGAAUAAAGACAUACUAAAUGGCUUGUUGAGAAGCCACGCAGAAUAUGGAAGUGGGUGUGUUGUCUCAUUUAUUAGCAACGUGAACAAAUCACACACAUGUAAAUACAACAUCGAUGGGAUUAAAAGGAAUGACCCCGUUGACAGUCCUAGCGAUGCGCAAAUAAAAAACUUGAGCGAUGAAAGAAAUGUCAAAGGAAGAAUUAACUGUGAGAAGGAGAAAAAAAUGAAUAGUACUCUAAAGAGUGAAUUAAAAAAAUUCAGAGAAAAAACAACCCCAGUGGAAUUUUCAGACCCGCAGAAGUUGAAGGACAUCCUCGACUUUGCAGCAAAAGAGGAGAGGACCGUCAGGCGGGAGGCCAUAAAAAAAAGGGAACAUUUCUUCUGCACAUUAAUCAGCAUACAUAUUAGCAGCUCAAAAGGGGAGGAUGCGCGUGUUAGGGAUUUUGUGAGCGAUGGAGAAAGUGACACAGCGGGGAGGAACAACUUCUUCUUCGUUAACGUUUAUUGCGGGAGGAAUGGUGAAGAAAAACGGGGAGAGGGACAACUGGGCGACGCGGGGGAAGGGGCUGAUAGGGUCGAUGCAGCUAAUAGGGUCGAAGCGGCUGAUACGGCCGAAGCGACAGAACUGAACAUGGCGCUCGCUCAGUUGAGCAACUUCGUUAGACAACCCCUGACGGGGGAGGGCCCCCCAGUGGACAUUUCAAAUUUUAACAGAGUAGCCAAAAUGAUAUGCGAGAUUUACUGCAAUAUGGCUGACAUGCACUUGAAAGUCUGCCUCAACAUGUGCAGCAAUUCCGGUGUGAAGGAAGAGGACGAACCGAUUUUUAACUUCCUCUGCUCGGUUGAUGACCCCUUGGGGGAAUUCCUCAAACUGUUCAUAAAGCAUGUAAAGAAGUCCCAAAUGGGAGGAGGCAGUUUGGGGACAAAACGCGAAUAUGGAAAGGACGGGGGAUCCCCAGAAAAGGAGGAAACGCCACCAAAAUCGGAAGCACAGAAAAGGAUAGAAAAUGUCCUAUUUGGUACUAUCCCGCUGGAUGAAGAAACCAAAGCUGAUUUAAUAAAAGAAGUAAUGAAUUUCCCCGAGCAACACUUGAAUAAACUCACGUCAUUAAACAAAACGCUGCAACAUAAUUAUACCUUUUUUAAGGAAAGGGAAAAAAAUUUGCACAGUAGCAUUGCGCGCAUAGUGGAGAAACAAAACCAAAUAAUGAAACACUAUGAGGAGGAGGAAAAAAAACGAAAAAAUGAAAUAAUUCAAAUUCUUCGAGAAAUAUCAUUCGUUAGUGAACAAAAUAUGGAAAUAAAAAAUGAAAUAGAAAACCAUAAAGGGUUGAAUUUGAGAUAUGGAGAAAUCGAGAAGGAUAGACAAGAGCAGCACUUGAAGAAAUUCCAGUCAGUUCAUACUAUCCUCGACAGGGAGUUCGAAUCGUUCCUCAAGUUUAGGAACGAGUCCUUAGUAAAUACCGAGUGGGCUGGAAAAAGGGAGAAAAAAGGAAGCGGUGCUGAGACAUCGAACAACAAAAGAGAACAGCGAACUACCUGUGACGAUAACUCCACUUCGCAAGCUGCCAUAAAAGACAUCCGCAAAAAGCAGGAGGAGCAAUACUUGAAAAAUUUAAACGAAGCGAUGAACCAUGCGGAGAAAAUAUUUCGGGAAACUCAGGACGUGAGGUAA